GAGCAUAGUGAACUAAGAACUAUGGGGGACUGUUCUUUUCCCGAGUCUGAACUGGUACUUGUCCAAGACUCUGUUCAAGAUGAAAAGGCCAUUUGUUCAGAUGGACCAUGUUGUCAAAAUGCUGGUUUAAAGAUGCAAAAUAGACUACUUGCUGGGAGUUCGUGUCAUGCAGAAGUACAGAAACCAGUUAAUACUUCGGCUUCCGACAUUUCAGCUACUUCUAUUGUUCAAAGAAAUCUAAUCAAUGAGCGAGAAAAGCUUAAGGAGACUGAUGAAUUCAAGCAAGCAGUGGAAGAAGAAUGGGCGGCCAGGAAGCUACAGAUAAAAGUUCAGGCAGAAGAGGCUCAGAGAUUGCGGCAGAUAAAAAAAGCAGAAAGUUUUGGUGUAUCAGAUAUGCUGAAACCACAAAGAGAUAUUAUCACUGAACGGGAGAGGCUUAAGGAGACUGAUGAAUUCAAGCGAGCAGUGAAGGAAGAAUGGGCAGCUAGGCAGCUACAAGUGAAAAUUCAGGCAGAAGAGGCCCAAAAAUUGAGGAAUAGAAAAAAAGCAGAAACUUCGCGUAAUUUAGAUAUGCUGAAACGGCUAAAGCAGCGUCUAGAAGAAGUAAGAGAGACACAAAGAAAGGUGCAGAUCAAAACUGAUUUAGGGUCUGAUUAUGAGAGAACUAAUGUUCAAAAUGAAGAUGCUUCUUUAGGCAGGCGUAGUAAUCCCGUGGACAAAGAUGAAAUGCUCACUGCAGAAACAUUUCCCUCUGCCACUUUGUCGGAUGGGCCAAGUUGUCAAAAUAUUGGUUUAAAGAUGAAAGAUACACUGUUUUCUGGCAGUUCGUGUCACGCAGAAGGACAAAAACCAGUUAAUAGUUCGUUUUCCAACGUCCCAACUAGAGAUGUUGGGAAUCCAUUGUAUGCAAUCAAUGAUCGAGAAAAGCUUAAGGAGACUGAUGAAUUCAAGCAAGCAGUGGAAGAAGAAUGGAAGGCCAAGCAGGUACAGAUAAAAAUUCAGGCAGAAGAGGCUUGGAGAUUACGGCAGAUAAAAGGAGAAGAAAGUUCACGUGUUUCAGAUAUAAUCACUGAGCGAGAGAUGCUUAAGGAGACUGAUGAAUUUAAGCGAGCAUUCGAAGAAGAAUGGGCAGCUAGGCAGCUACAACUGAAAGUUCAGGCAGAAGAGUCCCAAAGGUUGCGAAAGAGAAGAAAAGCAGAAACUUCGCGUAAUUUAGAUAUGCAGAAACGGAAAAAGCAGCGUUUAGAAGAAGUAAGAGAGACACAAAGGAAGGAUGAAGAAAAUUUGAACUUGAAAGAGAACUUUUGUGUUGAGGUAAGGAAGGAACUUUACCAACUGGAAAAUACAUGCAUUGAUAUGGCUUCAUUACUUAAUGGCUUGGGUAUCCAUGUAGGAAGUGGAUACCCUCCCACGCCGCAAGAGGUGAACGCUGCUUAUAAACGAGCCUUGCUGAAAUUUCAUCCUGACCGAGCAUCAAGAACUGACAUUCGUCAACAGGUUGAAGCUGAGGAAAAAUUUAAGCUUAUUUCUCGUAUGAAGGAGAAGUUCUUUUCUGCUCCAUGUGGUUGAGUGCUAACAAAAGGUUAAUAUAUAUACCAUUUUUUGGCUCAUAGUGGUCGAAACUUCUUCCAGUGAUCUCGUCUACAUUUAAUAUUGUAGAAAUUUUGUUGUAUAUAUAUCUACAGAAGACACAAUUUUAGGCCUUAUUUAUUGAGCUCUUAUAUUUUAACUUCACUGUACCAAACUUUUUACAUUAAUUAGUAUUGCAUCAAGUCCUUUCAAAGGCAAUCUUGAUCUUCAAAAUCUCAUUUUACAAUGGUUGAAGCAUGAUUUGAAGUCCAUAUUGUGGGCAUAUGGUGAGAGCGUCCACCGGUGAAUGAACAUACUUAGGUGACAGAGUAAACCUGUAGUGCUGCAGAAUCAUGGAGAGUAUAAUCUUCAUUUCUAUAGUUGCAAAAUUUGAGCCAACACAAAUUCGAGGCCCUCCACCAAAUGGAAAAAAUGCCCCAACGCUAUUUUCGGUUGCUUUAGCAACACCAUCUGCAAAUCUUUCGGGUUUAAAUAAGUGAACAUCUUCUCCCCAUAGACAUGGGUUGUUGUGAAUUGCAAGAAUGGGAAGACAGAUGUACAUCUUUUCUGGCACAAUGAGCUUCCCCAGUCUGACUUCCUUUUGGACUUCCCUUACGAUAUUGAAACCAGCAGGAUAUAGCCGUAAGGAUUCGUUAAUAAUCAUGCUCAUCUACACAGUUUUCAAUCUUCGGAUACCAUCUGGACUAGGAUUCCCUCUACCAAAUAAUUGAAGGACCUCUUCUCUAGCUCUUUCCUGCCAGGUCGGAUGGAUUGCUAGAAAGAGAACAGUCCAGGUGAGUGAGCUUGAUGUUGUUUGUUUUCCAGCAACAUAAAAGCUCUUACACUCGUCAAUAAUGUCAUCUACUGAUAUUUUGUUUGUUCUGUCAUUAUCAUGAUAAGCCUUUAGAAGUACUCCGAAAAAAUCAAACCCAUAAGCAUCUUCGUUACCCGUUAACAGCUCCUCUUCUCUUUUCCUGAUCAUCUUUAAGAUAGAUUCCCGUAUGCCUUUCUCAAGUUCCUCUGAUUCAGAAUCAUCCCGAGUUUUCAGCAACUUCCUGAUAAAACAGGAACUAUUACUCUUUUUUAAGUUGCUUAAAGUAUUCUUCGAUUAUAGUACGGAAAGAAACUUACUUAAUCCCAGGAAUUCCAACUUUAUAAUUGUUUCUAGAGACUAUGCUACCCAUUCUUGCAAGCAUAUCAAAUAUGUUCUUUCCCUCCAGGUAACUGCUUCCGAAAGCUGUCCGGGAAAUUAUCUCCGAAGUUAGAACUCUGAAUUCUUGGUGCAUCUCAAUCUCCUUUACUUCAUCCCUUCUCCAUCUCUCCAGCAUAGUCUCUGCACUUGCAAGCAUCGCCGGUAUCAUACCCUAAAAAAACAAUAAAUAUCUGGGGUCAAUUUAAGGAAAUUCAUGGGAAACUUCAAAAUAAAAGAAUCUGUAAGAAGGCCCUCUUAUCCCUUGUGCUCUCAUGGAAGAUUGGAUGCGAAUCGGAGUCCAUAAUACUUUGUUGAGAAAUUUGAUGAGAUUUAUGAGGAAAUAUAAGCAGAGACAACAAGAAAGGUGAUAUCAGAGCCGACCUCGUGCUAUUUUAUGGAGCCGGAUCUGGAGGAUAAGGUAGCGUCAAUGAACCAACCUAAAUGCGGUUUGAUCCUGAAGCCAUUUGCAACGCUGUUUUUAAGGGGAAGUUAUUGUCACAUUCCAUAAAAAAUGUGGGGAUGGAUAAAUUGAUUUAUAUAGUUUAAUGAUUAACAACCAAAUUAAAUUGAGUUAAUUAUUUAGAUAUGAAAGUUAAGUGAGUGAUUGGGAUUGUUAUAUAGCAAAACUUAAAUUUUUUUUUACGCCUGCCCUAGUUCUUACUACUAAAAUUAAACCACAGUAGGUAAACAAUCAGGGGAUGAAGAGUCAAUAGUAGUUAAAAGCAAGCUAGGGAUCAGAAACUAGAUUCCAGGAUUUGGUUGUAUAUGAAGUAACUGUAUAUUGGUGUUUUUUCCUUUGAAAGUUAGGUUUAAUAUUAAAACAAUUAAGUAUUACCAUGAGCUACUAAAUUAGUGUUACUCACCAAAUCAUUGUUUUAAUAUUUUUGAGACACUCCGUCUUUUUGAAUAUCUACAAGUUCAUCUAUAAAGUAUCUAAUGUAUCCAGCUGUUAGAAUCAUUUUGCUGUCUUAAAUUAUAAGAAACACUUGAUAGAUAUGAUAUAUCUACCCUUGAUAAACUUUCAUGUGCUCAAUGGUAUUUAUUAUAUCAUUGUUAUCUUAGGUAUCCUCGUACUAAACAUGAUAUCAAUUACAUCCCUUAUUUUGUAGUAAUUUGUAGUUGUUGAAUUAAUAAACUAUUUUUUGAAA